ACUCUCCUUCAGUCAGCUUUCUGUAUUCGCCGGUUCGGACAUUGCAUCUGGGGCAUCCAGUGGUCGGAUCUGAAGCCCAACCGUCACCUCGUUGCAGUGAGGUUUACUCUGGGAAAGAUGGCUGACAGCGAAAGAGAUGUAUCAAUAUCCCUUGAUAUUGAUACAUCAGCAGCACAAGAGCAAAGUUCUGCCGAUUAUGAAGAUCCUCAGAUUCGGGUACUACCACCCAGAACCCAAAGUGCAUCAAUAUCCCUUCCUUGGAGCUCCAAAGACUCCGAUCAAAAUCAAACUUAUCUUGUCGAUUACACGGGACCUUCACGUAGCGAAAGAAAGACGAGAUUCUCAACAGUGAGCGGGCCAAUAUAUGGUGCUCCGAGACCUGAGUCUCUCUCCCACAAGAACCGAGGUGGGGAAGGGCGCAGGGAGGUGGAACUUACAACACAGAAAUUUCCUUCUUUCAGUAUGAAGGAUCCGAACGAUUGGCCUGAAGGAAGUAAUGCUGAUAGAAAUGAGUAUUUCCUGAUGUCUGGGCAGCUGGACAUGUGCAAUGACCCUUACUGCAGAACUUGCCCGACCUAUUACCAUUAUGACGAAGCAAAACGUAAAACAUCAAAAAGUUCGGGGGAAUUUGAUUCGCUCCAUAACGCCCUGUUCGAGGAUGCGGACGGAUGGGCAUCUGAUGCUAAAGUUGUUCAGCUGUGGAACAAGUUCUUUGUCGUACCUUGCUUGGUCGCAUUCUUCAUCGACCCUCUGUUCUUCUUCUUGCUGGGAGUUCAAUCGGAUAAUAAGUGCAUAGUUUUGAACGGAACCAUGACCACGAUGAUAGGUGUUUUCAGAUGCGUGACAGAUUUCAUGUACAUCCUUCACAUACUCCUUCAGUUUAGGUUGGCCUAUAUAGCUCCCGAGUUGAGAGUGGUUGGUGCCGGAGAUUUGGUCAACAAUCCAAAGGAAAUCGCCCUCCAUUACCUGCAAGGGUAUUUCUUCAUAGAUCUCUUCAUUGCAAUACCGUUCCCUCAAAUUAUGAUAUUGUUGAUUCUACCUCAAUUCAAGGGAUCAUCUGCUGCAAACUAUACCGAAAACCUUUUAAUUGCAGCUGUUCUUGUUCAAUCCAUUCCUCGAUUGUAUAGAUUUUUUACUAUGCUCUCUGGUAUGUCUUCGAUUGGCUUCACUUUCGAGUCAGGAUGGGCCAACUUCAACAUGAAUAUCCUUGCAUUCGUGUUUUGCAGCCAUGUUAUUGGAUCAUGCUGGUACCUUUUUGGGUUGCAGGUAGGUAAUAUAUUAUCUAUAAUUAAUUUUCAGGUGUUGUCCCGUUUUCAUUGCCGGCUUCAUUUUCCGUCUCUAUCCAUAUGCAAUUAUUUCUUUUCAUUUUCUGCAUAUUGUUGGCGAAUGCCUAAUGGUGCCCUCUUUCUCUGUUCUUCUGAUGCAUUCAGCGGGUCAAUCAAUGUCUUCAAGAUGCAUGCCACCCUGUCGAUAUGUGCUGUCAACCUUAACACGAAAGAUAGCAUCGUCAAGAGAUAUGUCUACUCAUUAUUUUGGGGAUUCCAGACUCUCAUACUGCCUUUUCUCUUUGGGUCGGCGUUUGAUGAUUCUUUGCAAAAGCAACUCAGCACUCUCGCUGGAAAUCAGGUUCCAAGCUAUUCCAUCAGGGAGGUCCUGUUCACCAUGGCCAUUAUCGGAUUUGGCCUCUCGCUGUUUACUAGUCUUAUCGGGAAUAUGCAGAACUUUCUGCAGGCUAUUGAAAGAAGGAGGUUAGAGAAGUCAUUGAGACGCCGUGAUGUCGAGCUGUGGAUGAGGCACGUGCACUUGCCGAAAGAGCUGCAAAGGGGAGUUCGUCAAACUGAGAGGUACAACUGGGCUGCCACUCGAGGAAUUGAUGGGGAAAUGGUGUUAGAGAAUUUACCAAAGGAUCUUCAGAGAGAUAUACGACGCCAUCAAUUCGGAUUUAUGAAGAAGUUGCGCAUAUUUAACCCCCUGGAUGUUCUGAUCUUAGACGCGAUCUAUGAGAAGUUGAGGCAUAAGAUGUACAUCCAAGGAAGCAAGAUCUUGAGCCGUGGUGGCCUGGUCAAAAGAUUGACAUUCAUUGUGCGCGGGAAAUUGCUGAGUGAGGGAGAAGACGGGAUCAUGGGUCUUGGUGGAGGGGAUGUUUGCGGAGAGGAGCUUGUGGAAUGGUGCCUUGGGAAUUCUUCUCCAAACGAAGAUGGGAAGAGAAUAAGAGUACCUGGGCAGAGGCUGCACAGUAAUAGGACGGUGAAGUGCUUGACAAAUGUGGAAGCUUUUGCCCUCCGAGCAACUGACCUUGAAGAAGUCAUGAGGCAUUUCGCAAGGUUCUUUCAGAAUCCUCAGGUUCAAGGAGCCAUAAGGUACUUAUCGCCCUCCUGGAGAAGCUUUGCAGCAACUGGAAUCCAAGUCGCAUGGAGAAAUAGGAAGAAAUGUAAAACUCGCGACACCAAUUCUCGGUCCCUACACUCUACCAAGUAGAACUGAUGUACUUAUGUCCGCAGAGAAUUUGAGGUAGGCUAUUAUACUGGCAUUC